AUGUCAAUCACUUCAGAUAUCAAGCCUUUUGUCUGGUACGAGUUGCCCGAGGAAUAUCAACACUUAUGUGUUGUACGGGCUUUUGUCAAAUGGAUCCUUGUAUCAGGUUUGAAAGAAGGGUACCUUUUUCGCAAGAUUCGAGCCAAUGAUCGCCUUGCUGAGGAAAAUGAGCCCAUGACCUCAGAACAAUUUCUUGAGAUGUUUUGGAACAAUCUUCUUGAUGUAGGUGUUGACUUUGUUCCCUAUGGAACACACUCGUUCCGACGUGGAUGGAGUCAGGAAUUCACACAUCUGACUAUCGUGAAAUACCUUAUUUCAUGGAAUGACAAUCCUCAUGUUGAUCGUGAUGAUUUUUUCAACAUGAACUGUGCACCUACUACUGCCUGUCCUACUUGUAAUCGCACAUGCCAUUGUGCUUGA